AUGUGACACAGGCAGCUGCCCAGUGACGCGCUUCCAAGCAAACUUCAUACUUCAUCCCCAAAAGCUCAACGAAGCUCCAACCCUCAAGAUACCUGUAUACUACGAUCUCGUCCCUUUUUCUUCGUUUUUCUCCUCAUUUCAUUAUUUUCUGUGUCCUGUGUCUCUUCUCCUCCUGCUUAGAACCCCUUUGCUUUCUCCUCAUCAUGGAUACCCUCGUCGCCCAAUACGCCCGGCCUCAGGUCAAGAAUGAAGGCUACUCCCGGACCGAAGAGCAAGAGUUCACAGAGGCAUUGCCGCCUCUAUCUCUAAAAUUCGCUCUUCCUCCAGUUGAUAAACCUGCCUCCUUCCUUCGAGCCGUAACCGACGACCAUGCCAACCCAGACUGCCCCAUUAAAAUCGCUCAUGGCACCACGACUCUUGCGUUCAGAUUUAAAGGAGGGAUCAUCGUGGCGACAGAUUCCAGAGCUACCGCUGGUAACUGGAUAGCUAGUCAGACUGUGAAGAAGGUUAUAGAGAUCAACAGUUGUCUGUUAGGGACUAUGGCUGGUGGCGCUGCUGACUGUCAAUACUGGCUCGCCUAUCUAGGCAUGCAAUGCCGUCUCCACGAACUCCGCCACAAACGCCGCAUAUCCGUCGCCGCCGCCUCCAAGAUCCUCGCCAACCUCGUCUACAACUACAAGGGCAUGGGCCUAAGCAUGGGCACCAUGUGCGCCGGCGUAACCCCGCAAGAGGGGCCUGCGCUCUACUACAUCGACUCAGACGGAACACGACUGGCAGGAAAUCUCUUCUGCGUCGGCUCUGGCCAAACGUUUGCAUAUGGCGUGCUCGAUGCCGAGUACCGAUUUGACCUGACGGAUGAAGAGGCGCUGGAGCUGGGCAGGCGGAGUAUCCUCGCCGCGACGCAUAGAGAUGCUUACUCCGGUGGCUAUAUCAAUCUGUACCAUGUGAAGGAAGCCGGGUGGGAGAAGCAUGGUUUCAAUGAUACCAAUCCUAUAUUCUGGAAGACGAAGUUGGAGAAGAAUGAGUUCUCGAAUGUUACGGGAACGUUGGAGUAAAAUGGGGGGAGGGCGUGUGUUUGUUUUUCUUCGGUUUUCCUUUAAUGAUAUUGAGCGGCUGCUCUUCUGUUGCUUCUACCACUUUGUGAUAAAUUUAGCUUGCUAGAAAAUUUAAAUACGGUAGAAUUUGGCAAUCGGCCCUCUUCCAUUUUUCCACUCCACCUCCUGUUCAUUAUCACCCUUCCCCCAAGCAUCAUAGGUCUCUCCCUACCCUUUCUUAAAGAACCUUAUCACGCAGUAAGGUUCAGUCUGCGGAGUACCCAGGUCACACCGUCCUUCAUCGAAUUGCUGAAAGCCCCUGAUAACCCCCCCCCCUCCCCAUCCAACUCGAAUGCUGGAGAGGGGCUAACCAUUCACACAGAACCUAUGUCCGUUUUACUAUCCCCCGCCGCUUCGGAAACUCUGGGGAUGUCCGUUGAGCCCGUUAAAAAAUGAACGAGCAGGGAAGGAUAAGUUUAAUAGGGGGGCUAACUCCUCUUCACUAAAACACUUUGUAUUGGGUCUCCCUCUAUCGCUACGGAGUAGAUGUUCUGCGGAUUAAUAUUACUUGAUCAGCUGGUUACAUAGACGGGUCGUUCAGAUGAUUGGGAGCAAGGACAUGGAAAGGACCACUGUAUAAGAAAGAAACUAUAGCUAGAUACAUGCAAGAUCGUACGCAGAGAGAUAUUUUUCGCCAGAUAUGGAGAGAAAGCGACGGUGAUGAAAAGGAUUCUAGAAAUAACACAUGAUGCAAUAACAUAUCUAGCUUCUUAC